UAGUAAUUCAACAAUAUUAUUAUACUAAUCCAAUACCAACACAACGGCGUGGACUUGAAGAUACUGAUAAUGAAUCCGUAACAGAAGAAACUAAUAAAGAUAUACUUAAUCCAAUGGCUUUAGAUAAACUUAAAGAACGCUUAUCUAAAUUAUACAACAAAGACGUCGAAUUUAAUUUAAUUAAACAACAUUAUCCAUACCUUAAUACUCGAUUAGCUCGAUCACCUCAACAAAAUUAUUCUUCCAUCACCAAACAAGAUUCUCCCACAAUCAAAUUAGAUUCCCCCACUAUCAAAUUAGAUUCUCCUACCAUUAAACUUGAUUCUCCCACCAUUAGACAAGAUUCCUCUUCCUCCUCUACUAAACGAGAUUCUUCGACAACUAAAACUAAAGAAUUUAUGAAUAAAUUCGAUAAUGUUAUUCAAAAGUGUCAUCAAGUAUUUGAUGAAAAUCCAGAAUUGUUUUGGAAAAUACACCAACGUAUAUUGAAUUUAUUUUAA